GGCGCCCACGUGACCCGCGCGGAGCCAUGGCGGCGUGGCUGUGCCGCCUGCUGCUGCUGGGCGGGCUGGCGGCGCGCGCUCCGUCGCCCGCAGGUGCCGCCAAGAUGAAGGUGGUGGAAGAGCCCAACACUUUGGGGCUCAACAACCCGUUCCUUCCCCAGACCAGUCGCCUGCGACCCAAACGGGACCCGUCCCCGGUGUCUGGGCCUGCUCACCUCUUCAAGCUCUCAGGCCAGUGCUUCAGCCUGGUGGAGUCGACGUACAAGUACGAGUUCUGCCCGUUCCACAACGUGACCCAGCACGAGCAGACCUUCCGCUGGAACGCCUACAGUGGGAUCCUGGGUAUCUGGCAGGAGUGGGAGAUCAGCAACAACACAUUCAGCGGCAUGUGGAUGCGGGACGGGGACGCCUGCCACACCCGGAGCCGGCAGAGCAAGGUGGAGCUCGCCUGUGGGAAGCGCAGCCGCCUGGCUCACGUGUCGGAGCCUAGCACCUGUGUAUACGCGCUGACCUUUGAGACGCCGCUGGUCUGCCACCCCCAUUCCCUGUUAGUGUACCCUGUGCUGCCCCCGGCCCUGCAGCUGAGAUGGGACCAAGCAGAGCAAGAUCUGGCCGACGAGUUGAUUACGUCCCAGGGCCACCGGAAGCUGCUGAAGGUAAUUUUUGAGGAUGCAGGUUUCUUAAAGGCCCCAGAAGAAAGGAGGCCCAUGGAGCAGGCAGAGGAUGCUCGGGGGCUGGCGUUUGACACCUUAGAGAAGUGCAGCCAGGCAUACAGACAGCUGUGGGAGGAGAAGCAGAGGCUGGAGGGGCUGCUGGUGCAGCAUGCCAUCCCCUACCUGAGAAUGGCAGGAACCUCCAGCACCAGAACACCCACGCACAGGGCAGCAGAAGGCCACCAGCUGCGCGGGGACCCUGGGCUGCCUGGGACCAGCUUGUGACGGCUGGCUGGGCUACCUACUGGUAGCCAGAGACACAGAGGUGAAGAUUCCAAGCUUUAAUUCCCGUCCAGAUAAAAAUAAUUCUGCAUAUCCUGUAAAUGACUGCUUAAAUGAUACCACAGCGUAAAAUACUUAAACGAAUGUUAUGGUGUCAGAUAACAACCAGGAAGCCUGGUUCUACAUCUGGAAAGUGAUCUUCCCCCAGGGCAAGUUAGUGCUGCUCCUUUCCCAUUCUUAUUGCAAUACAGACACACAUACACCUCUGCAUCCUCCUGAGCUGGCCAGUGUCCAGCAACAGGGAAGUCCACUCCACUGAUAGCCUGCAGAAGCCGCCACCUGUCAGUCCCGCUUCUCUCUGCCACUGGCCUGCCUGGGACCCGGGCACGCCUCUGGCUUCCUGCUGAGCAGUGACACCAUGUGCAGACGGACUGAGGAGCCACUCCUGGGGUUGCUUACGAUCCGCAGACGACCAGACUGAAUAGAUAUCAAAUGUCCCUUGGCCCAGCCAGGUGGGCAGCAGCACAUAAACAUUCAUAAAAAUAAAGACUAAGCAGUGGUGAGAGCAGCACAAAACAGCUGUCGUUUCUAGAGUGGACUGUUGCCGCCAUCACCAGAAACAAAAUGGAUUCAGCCCACCGACACCUCUGCAAGAGGACCAGCUGUGGGGCCUGCUGGGGCUGCCACCGGGGCCAAGCAUGCCUGAAUGCAGGAGCCCCUGAGUCCAUGCUGGGACAGCGGGCCUGCCUACA